UUAAUAAGAGAGGAUUCUUCAAGUCCCUUACCUAAAAUAAUGAUGAGAAUGAGACCUGAUCCGAUUUCAAAUUCAGGAGAUAAGUCAAGUAAAUAUUGAAAAUCUUACUUUAACUCCGAAAUCAGAACUCAGAAUUGACAGGUUCAAUCAAGAAGAGAGGUUCCUGUUGCUAGAAAAAGAGUUCCACCUCCUCCUUUCCAGCCUAAAAGCCAUCCUCUUAUUUUUGAAGAUUUUCCUCUUAGCCUUACUCAUGAGGAAGAAGAAACAAAGGAAUUACAGGAUUCUCCAAAAAUUACCAGAAAACUUAUCCCUGAAGCAACAAAGCAGAUAGGUAAAUGUAUAUCCGAUGCAGGAAUGAUCACUUGCACCCUCUGUGAGAGCAAGGUGGUUGAAAAACUCCUACUCUGCAGGUUCUGCUCCUACAACGCAUGUGAAACUUGCUGGGACAGAUGGAUUCCUACUAAUAAAUCUUGCCCAAACUGUCGCAAGUCUAUCACUUCAGAUGAUCUCACUAAGAAUAGAAUUGCAAUAGAAUUAGAAAGGAUUGUCAAAGAGAAUAUCCCUCAAAAUAAUAUGCUUGAAGGAGUGUACUACUGCUCCCAUGAUUCUCAACCAGCUGUUAUCUACUGUCAAAACUGAGACGAGCAUCUCUGAGUCGGAUGUCUUUCUACAGGACUUCAUUCAGGUCACCACUUAGUUGAUAAAGACCAUUGUGAGAAAAAGAAGCUCAUUUAUCAGCAAAAUCAAGAAAUGCAGCUUCUAAUUGAAAAUACUUUGGAGACAGCCAAGAAGAUCAAGAAAGAGUACUCAAAGUAUUAUGACAAUUCUGUAUCUUCUCUGGCUAAGGUUCAAGAAGAAGUCACCCAGUUAGUGCAGAACUCUAUCAGUGUUGCAUUUUUAGAGGCAACUAGAAACAUCGAGAAUGCUUACAUUCAGAGAUGUUCCCAGAUUGAUCAGGAAAUAUCAGAUCUUGACGAAGCAUUAUCUAGUAUAUCUUCAACAUGCUCUAUUGAAGUAACUCCUGAAAACUACAGUGAUACGAAUAGCUUGAACAAAAACUUGAAAAAUGCAUUGCAAAAAUCUAAAUUUAGAGAUAUCCUGAGGUACAGCUCUUCUCUGCCGUCAAGAUACUUAUUUGAGAUGUAUGACAAGACAAAUAGGUUAAAGAAUGAGCUCCAGCUUGGUGAAGGCACAAUAGGUAUCGCCCGAGAGGCUCUAAUCAAACAAUUUGAUGAAUAUGCUCUUAAUAGAGUAAGCAGAUCCUAAAUGAUGGCCCAGAACAUGUGUGGGGGAUUUG